AUGCGGCGCUUUGAAGUCUCGGCUUAUCAGCAUCUCAGAUGUCACCCUCGCUCUUCGACAUGUCGUCCCCAGCUGACUGGCUGCUCACUCAGUCGCUGCUGUGCUCCACUGGAGGGAUGCUCGCAGACCGGCUUGGACGACGACGAGCUCCGUGCUAAGAUUUUUUUCCCUCCUCUGUGUGUGGAUGUUUUGCGAGGAAAAAAUGGCCACCGGCCGGCGGUGAAGCAUCAACAGCGGGAUUGUCGGACCGAGGCGUCCCGUGAAACCCUAUGGAUGUACGUGGAGGCCGCCCGCCCGGAGCUAAUCGACGCGCCGCCGCUCUCCUCCCCUCUCAUUCCGGGCCAAGUGUUUUGCUGUGACCACUACUUGGCUGUUGAACCGGAGAUGAGUGAUGGCAGCAGCUACGUUCGUACCGGAUGUUUGCCCGCCGCGGCGUAUUCGGGGCCUGGCUUUGCUCCGGACGGAGGCGCGCGCCUCGCGUCCCGAACGCCGUGGGGGAACAAACGAGAAAUCGGAGUGUUCGCCGGAGGUCCCACUGCCGGGGAACCGGGCUCGGCCCACCUGCCCGCCCUGCCUAGGACGAGGGCGAGCUUCGUCCUAAGCAAGCCUCUCAAGAUGAACAUGGUGAAGAGGAUCAUGGGGCGGCCGCGUCAGGAGGAGUGCAGUCCCCAGGACAAUGCCCUGGGCCUGAUGCACCUGCGCCGCCUCUUCUCUGAACUAUGCCACCCUCCCAGACACAUGACGCAAAAGGAGCAGGAGGAAAAGCUCUACAUGAUGCUGCCCGUCUUCAACAGGGUGUUCGGGAAUGCGGCGCCCAGCAGCAUGAUGGAGAAGUUCUCAGACCUGCUGCAGUUCACCACGCAGGUGUCUCGCCUCAUGGUGACCGAGAUCAGGCGCAGGGCCUCCAACAAAUCCACUGAGGCAGCCAGCCGCGCCAUUGUUCAAUUUCUGGAGGUGAACCAGAGCGAGGAGGCCAGUCGUGGCUGGAUGCUCCUCACCACCAUCAACCUGUUGGCCUCCUCUGGGCAGAAAACUGUGGACUGCAUGACAACCAUGUCUGUGCCGUCCACACUGGUUAAAUGUCUCUACCUGUUCUUCGACCUCCCGCACAUGGCAGAGGCCCCAGUGGGUCCUGCUGCUCCACCACCCCCACCUGCUACAACGUCACCGCCACCCUCCCAGGAGAAGACGCCCGGCCCGGGCCACCCCUCCAUGGAACUUCCGCUGGCCGACCGCAGGGUGCUGCUACAGAAAGUCUUUGUUCAGAUCCUGGUCAAGUUGUGCACGUUCGUUUCCCCUGCUGAGGAGUUGGCCCAGAAGGACGAUCUCCACCUUUUGUUCAGCGCCAUCACGUCAUGGUGCCCGCCUCACAAUCUUCCCUGGAGGAGGAGCGCUGGAGACGUGCUCACCACCAUAUCGCGACACGGACUCAGUGUUAACGUUGUCAAAUACAUACACGAAAAAAAAUGCCUGUCCACGUGCGUGCAGAACAUGCAGCAGUCUGACGAUCUUUCCCCACAUGAGAUCGUGGAAAUGUUUGCCGGCCUGUCCUGCUUCCUUAAGGACUCUAGCGACGUGUCACAGACGUUGCUGGAUGACUUCCGCAUGUGCCAGGGAUACAACUUCCUUUGCAAUCUCAUGCUCAGGCUGGAACAGGCUAAGGAGGACGAGUCGCGGGACGCUCUGAAGGACCUAGUCAACCUGGUGACGUGUUUGACCACCUAUGGUGUAACUGAGCUCAAACCCGCCGGUCUGACCACCGGAGCGCCAUUCUUGCUGCCAGGAUUCGUCCUUCCGCAACCCUCCGGCAAAGGCCAGACAGUGCGCAACAUCCAAGCGUUCUCGGUGCUGCAGAACGCCUUCCUCCAAGCCAAGAGCGGCCGGCUGGCUUGCACGCUGCUGGACGCGGUGGGCAGCGUUUACGCCGCUGACCCCGCCAACUACUUCAUCCUUGAGUCACAACACACACUGUCCCAGUUUGCCGAGCGUGUGGCCCGCCUGCCCGAGGAAGCGCAGGCCAAAUACUUCCAGCUGCUGGAGUUCGUGGUCUUCAGUCUCAACUACGUGCCGUGCAAGGAGCUGUUCAGCGUUAGCGUGCUGCUCAAGGCCAGCGCCUCACACGCAUGUAGCGUGACGGCCGUGCGAGCACUUUUGAGAAUGGCGCGCCACGAUCCAGUCUUUGGGGACGUGCUGAGGGAGGUUGGGCUCCUGGAGGUGCUGGUCAACCUGCUGCAUAAAUACGCCGCCCUCCUCAAGGACCCCGCCGCUCAGCAGCAGCACGACCAUGACCAAGCGGAGUGUAAAAACAACACGGUUGCAGAGGAGCAGAAGCAGCUGGCCUGGUUAGUCAUGGAGACGCUCACCGUUCUCCUGCAAGGCUCACACACGAUGAACACCAAUGCGGCAUUGUUCCGCGAGUUCGGUGGCGCGCGGUGCGUACACAACAUCAUCAAGUACCGUCAGUGUCGCGAGCACGCCCUGCUCAUUAUUCAGCAGCUGGUUCUGUCGCCCAGCGGCGACGACGACAUGGGAACACUACUGGGACUCAUGCAUUCGGCGCCGCCCGCGGAACUCACGCUCAAGACCGACAUACUCAGGGCUCUGCUGUCAGUGCUGCGCGAGAGCCACCGUACGCGCACAGUCUUCCGUAAGGUGGGCGGAUUUGUGUAUGUCACGUCUCUGCUGGUGGCCAUGGAGCGCUCUUUGUGUCUGUGCCAGCCGAAUCGCAGCGGCUGGCAUGGUACCAACAACCAGCACCACCACCAGAGCCCCAACCAAAACCAAGUGUUUGAGCUGCUGCACACCGUUUUCUGCACGCUCACCGCCGCCAUGCGCUACGAACCCGCCAACUCGCACUUCUUCCGCACGGAGAUCCAGUACGAGAAGCUGGCCGACGCUGUCAGGCUGCUGGGCUGUUUCUCCGACACCAAGAAGCUGGGCGCCACCACUGUCUUUCCGUCCAACUCGGAGCCCUUUCAGCGACUUCUUGAGGAGGAGGCGGCCCCCGGUGGUGACAGCGUGUGUCCCACCCUCAGACACUGCGCAAAACUCUUCAUUUAUCUUUAUAAAAUGGCCACAGACUCCUUUGACAGUCGCGCGGAGCAGGUUCCUCCUUGCCUGACUCACGAGACCUCGCUGCCCUCACCCUGGGGCACGCCCGCUCUUACCCGGAAGAGACAUGGAUACCACGGCUCAUCAGGUGCCCCGGCACCGGUCAAGCUGCUGACAGAGCUGAAACUGCACUCCUCCAACCCCGUCCAUUCGGUUUCUUCUUCCUCGUCCUCAGGGGGCGACAUGGUGGUCAUCCACCCGGGCGCCGUGCUGGCCAUGGUGGACCUGCUGCCCUCCGUCUCCUCCGAAAGUCAGCCCGAGCACGCUUUGGACCUCCAGCUGGCGGUGGCCAACAUCCUGCAGCUGCUGGUGAACAGCGAAAGGAACCAGCAGGUCCUGUGCGAGGCGUCGCUGCACCAGCGUCUGCUGCAUCGAUGCAGCCAAGCGCUGGGCGAUGAGGACCACCCGCUGCACCCGCCACUGCAGCGCAUGUUCGAGAGGCUCGCCUCGCAGGCGCUGCAACCCAUGGCGCUCAGGGAGUUCCUCCGUUUGGGCAACCCUCUCAACUGCGGAGCAUGGGACAAGAAGCUGCUAAAGCAGUACCGCGUACACAAGCCCAGCUCGCUCAGCUACGACGCCGACAUGAGAGGCGGCAUGACAACGUCGAUGGAGGGCUUCGGUGCUGACAGUGUGUUCGCCACGCCGGCUGAAGACAGCGGCCAGUACAACGGCCAGUACCGCAUCAGCCGCAGCCUGGUACGCUCGGCUGAGGGCAGUACCGUGCCGCUCACCCGCGUCAAGUGUCUGGUCUCCAUGACCACGCCGCAUGACAUCCGACUGCACGGGUCUGCUGACACGCCCGCCUACGUUGAGUUUGACGCCUCGCUUGAGGGAUUCGGGUGUUUAUUCCUCCCCAGCCUGGCACCUCAUAAUGCACCCAGCAACAACACUAACACGUCAGGAGUCAGUGAUGGUGAUGUCAUCAGCGGCAUGGGGACAGGGGAGCGUCUGUUUCCUCCGCCCUCAGGCCUGAGCUACUCCACCUGGUUCUGCGUGGAGCGCUUUAGCGCACCGCCACAGAACCACCCAGUACGCCUUCUGACAGUGGUGCGCCGCGCCACGUCGUCGGAGCAACAUUACGUCUGCUUGGCCGUGGUGCUUUCGGCCAAAGACCGCUCGCUCACCGUUUCCACCAAGGAGGAACUGCUGCAGACCUACUCUGAUGAGUCAAGUGAAGAGGCAUCUUUCUAUGAAAUCCUUCCCUGCUGUGCCCGAUUCCGCUGUGGUGAGCUGAUUGCCGAGGGCCAGUGGCACCACCUGGUGUUGGUCAUGAGCAAGGGCAUGCUGAAGAACAGCAUGGCCACCCUCUACCUGGACGGACAGCUCGUCAACACUGUUAAGCUCCACUACGUCCAUAGCGUCCCAGGCGGCUCUGGCUCUGCCAACCCACCAGUGGCCAGUACAGUGUACGGCUAUGUAGGCACGCCACCAGCCCAGCGCCAACUUUCGGCGCUGGUGUGGCGCCUGGGGCCGUGCCAUUUCCUCGAGGAGGCGCUUCCUGCCACCAGCGUGGCCGCCAUUUUCGAGUUGGGCCCCACUAACGUGGGAAGCUUGCAGGCCGUCUACCUGCCAUGCAAGGAAUCCAAGGCGGAGGUGGCACCGGCUGCCCCUGUAGCGCUGGUGCCUGAGGAGAAGGUUUCCUUCAGCCUUUUCGCCGUCUCCGUGUCUACGCUAACUGUGGCUAAGAUCAGGAAGGUCUACAACAAGCUCGACAGCAAGGCCAUCGCCAAACAGCUGGCUGUGUCCUCCCACGAAAAUGCCACACCUGUCAAGCUGAUCCACAACGCGGCCGGCCACCUCAACGGUCCAGCCCGUACCAUCGGCGCUGCCGUCAUUGGCUACUUAGGCGUGCGUGCUUUCUCACCCAAGCCAGUUGCCACCAACCUGCAGUACGUAGGUGGGGCAGCAGCCAUUUUGGGUCUUGUCGCCAUGGCGUCGGACGUGGAGGGUCUGUACGCUGCUGUCAAAGCACUUGUCUGUGUGGUGAAGAGCAACCCGCUCGCUAGUAAAGAGAUGGAGCGCAUCAAGGGCUACCAGCUGCUGGCAAUGUUGCUGAAGAAGAAGCGCUCUCUGCUCAACAGCCACAUCCUGCACCUCACCUUCUCACUGGUGGGCACUGUGGACAGCGGUCACGAGACCUCCAUUAUUCCCAACUCCACCGCUUUCCAAGACCUUCUCUGUGAUUUUGAGGUUUGGCUCCACGCUCCUUACGAACUGCACCUUUCUCUCUUUGAGCAUUUCAUCGAGCUUCUGACAGAGUCAAGCGAGGCGGCCAAGAACGCCAGGCUUCUGCGCGAGUUCCAAUUGGUGCCCAGACUGCUGCUAACCCUGAGGGACACGUCACUGUCGCAGCCCACCGUUGCCGCCAUCAGCAAUGUGCUCAGCCUGCUGCUGCAGGGCUUUCCCAACCCUUACGACCUGCUCAGGUUCGGUCAGUUCUUGUCGUCCACGCUGCCCACGUUUGCAGUGUGCGAGAAAUUCGUGGUGAUGGAACUCAACAACGAGGAGAAGACGGAUGCAGGGAACGAGGAUGACUUUGGCGGCCUGUUGUCCGCAAACCUCAUCCUGCUCCGAAACAGGCUGCUGGACAACCUACUCAAGCUGCUCUUCAUCACCAAGGACAAGACGGCCAUCAACUCACAGGCAUGUGAAGAUCUGGUUCGCACCCUGGGGCUGGACUGGCUUCUGAUGUUCAUGGAGGAGCACCUUCACUCUAGCACGGUGGCGGCGGCUCUUUGGAUCCUCACCGUACUUCUGUCCAACCCGGCCGUCCUCCACCGCUUCAAGGAGGGCGCAUGCGGCGGCGGCUGGUUGGACCACACCGACUCCGUGCUCACCAACAAGAUCGGCACCGUGCUGGGCUUCAAUGUGGGACGCAAUGCCGGCGGCCGGUCUACGGUGCGGGAAAUCAACCGCGACGCAUGCCACUUCCCGGGCUUCCCGGUGCUACAGACACUGCUGCCCAAGCACACCAACGUACCCGAGCUCUACUUCCUGUUGAUGGCGCUCUUCCUGCAGCAGCCUGUCACUGAGCUGCCAGACAGCCUGCAGGUACAUUUCGAUCUGGACUCCAUGUGGACGUUCAUCUUCGGCGUGCCGGCAUCAAGCGCCACCGUGGUGGGCUCCAUUCACAGCGUGUGCACCGAGGCGGCCUUCCUUCUGCUCGCCAUGCUGCGCAGCAUGUUAAACCUGCCGUGGCAGUCAGAGGAGGAGGGCUCGUGGCUGCGUGACUACCCAGUGACGCUGAUGCAGUUCUUCCGCUACCUGUACCACAAUGUGCCCGACCUGGCCCCCAUGUGGCACAGUCCCGAUUUCCUGUGUGCGCUGGCCGCUUCCGUCUUUCCAUUCAACAUGAGACCUUACUCCGAGAUGGUGAGCGACCUGGAUGAUGAAGCAGGCUCUCCAAUCGAAGAGUUGAAGGCGUUUGUCUCUGAUUCGGGCAUGAACCGCAGCCAGUCUGAGUACUGCAACGUGGGUUCCAAGACGUCACUAACCAACCACCCUGCGAAGAAGUACGUAUUUGACUUUAUGCGGGCGCUCAUCAUGGACAACAUGUGCGUCACGCCCGCUACCAAGCAGACACCCAUCAUUGACCUGCUGCUAGAGGCGUCUCCCGAGCGUUCCACCAGAACUCAGCAGAAGGAGUUCCAGUCCAACAUCUUAGAUGGUGUCAUGGAGCACCUGCUGGCAGCUGAUGUUUUGCUUGGUGAGGACUCGUCCCUGCCACUCAGCAGCGGCGGCAGCUAUCAAAUCCUGGUGCACAAUGUCUUCUACUUUACUCAGCGCGUGGUGGACAAGCUUUGGCAGGGCAUGUUCAACAAGGACUCUAAAUUGGUUGUGGACUUCAUUGUGCAGCUCAUUGGACAGUCGAAAAGGCGUUCUCAAGGUCUUUCUCUGGACGCCGUGUACCACUGCCUAAACCGCACGGUGCUAUACCAAUUGUGCCGGCCGCACAAGACAGUGGCACAACAAGUGGCGCUGUUGGACGCGUUGCGCGUUCUCACGGUCAACCGCAACCUGGUGCUCGGCCCCGGCAAUCACGACCAGGACUUUGUGGCCUGCCUGGCUCACUGCUUCAUCUGUCUGCAUGCCGGAAGCAGCGUGGAGGGCUUCGGCCUAGAAGCGGAGGCCCGUAUGACCACUUGGCACGUCAUGAUGUCACCAGAAAAUGAGAACGACGCCGGGCACAACCAUGAUGUUAGCGAAGGGCGGCAGCUCCUCCUGAAGGCGGUGAACCGCGUGUGGACGGAGCUUAUGCACAGCAAGCGUCAGAUGCUGGAGGACAUCUUUAAGGUGUCAUUGCCUUGCAACGACCGCGGCCAUGUGGACAUCGCCACGGCCCGGCCUGCCCUGGAGGAGCCCGCUCUCAAGAGUUGGCAGAACCAUUUGGUUCACGAGAAGAAGUGCAUUAGCCGCGGCGAGGCGGCCGCACCGGCAGUGGCGACUCAGUCCAAACUGUCGCGGGUCAGCAGCGGUUUUGGCUUGUCCAAGCUAACGGGCGUGCGCCGCCACAAGAAGGAGAACAGCCUGAACAAGAACAGCCUCUCUGCACAGGCAACUUUUCAGUGGAUGUUCACGCACAUAGCUGUGGUGAGAGACCUGGUGGCCAUGCAGUACAAAGAACAUCAAGAGCGGCAGCAGAACGCUCUCAAGUACGUGACAGAGGAAUGGGCGUCCAUCGAGUACGAGCUUCUCCGCGAGCGAGGCCUAUGGGGCCCUCCCAUCGGCUCCCACCUGGACAAGUUCAUGCUGGAGAUGACCGAAGGCCCCUGCCGCAUGCGCAAGAAGAUGGUGCGCAACGACAUGUUCUACAUCCACUACCCUUACAUCCCCGAGACUGAAAACAACACUAACACUGCACAGAAACCAGUGCGCUACCGUCGUGCCAUUAGCGCUGACAGCAAGGAGUACUACAUGCGCCUACUGUCGGGCAACCCCGGAAUGUACCAACAUUCUGUGGAGCACAGCAGUGAGGGCGAGACUACCCGACACGAACCCGAGCAUGGAGAGGAUACCAUCGCCAGGGUCAAAGGUCUGGUGAAGGCACCCCUUAAGCGCUCACGAUCCACAGCAGACGGCGGUGAUGAGGACGCUCAGGAUCAGAUCCAGGAUCAGCUUCUGGAUUCAGGCGGGCCUGAAGAGGAGCACCAGCAGCGUACUGACAACACCGCAUUGCUGCGACUACUGGAGGAGGGGGAGAAGAUCCAGCACAUGUACCGCUGUGCCCGUGUUCAAGGUCUGGACACCAGCGAAGGUUUGCUGCUCUUCGGAAAAGAACACUUCUACGUCAUCGAUGGCUACACCAUGACUGUGUCCAGAGAGAUCCGGGAUAUUGACACUCUGCCGCCAAACUUGCAUGAAGCCAUCAUACCCAGGGGUGCGCGCCAGGGUCAGAGUCAGCUGAAGCGGACCUGCAGUAUCUUCGCCUACGAGGACAUCAAGGAGGUACACAAGCGACGAUAUCUACUGCAGCCAAUGGCGGUGGAGGUGUUUUCUGCAGAUGGGAGGAAUUACCUGCUGGCCUUCCAGAAGGGCGUGCGCAACAAAGUCUACCAAAGGUUCCUGGCGGUGGUGCCGUCACUGGCUGAUAGCUCCGAGUCGGUAUCGGGACAGAGGCCGAACACCAGCGUGGAACAAGGGUCCGGCCUCCUCAGCACAUUAGUUGGUGAGAAGUCUGUGACUCAGCGUUGGGAGCGAGGGGAGAUCAGCAAUUUCCAGUACUUAAUGCAUCUCAACACAUUGGCGGGACGCUCCUACAACGACCUGAUGCAGUACCCCGUUUUCCCCUGGAUCCUCGCCGACUUUGACUCAGAGGAGCUGGACCUGAACAACCCCAAGACUUUCCGCAAUCUCGCCAAACCCAUGGGGGCACAGACGGACGACAGGUUGACGCAGUACAAGAAACGCUACAAGGACUGGGAGGACCCAAAUGGCGAAACUCCCGCCUACCACUACGGCACACACUACUCGUCCGCCAUGAUCGUGGCCUCCUACCUGGUGCGCAUGGAGCCUUUCACACAGAUUUUCCUCAGACUACAGGGUGGCCAUUUUGACCUGGCAGACAGGAUGUUCCACAGCGUGCGCGAAGCCUGGCUGUCUGCCGCCAAGCACAACAUGGCAGAUGUUAAGGAGCUCAUACCUGAAUUUUUCUACUUGCCGGAAUUCCUCCUCAACUCCAACAACUUUGACCUGGGCGCUAAGCAGAAUGGCACUAAACUUGGCGACGUCAUCCUUCCUCCGUGGGCCAAGGGUGACCCGCGGGAAUUCAUCCGGGUGCACAGAGAGGCGCUGGAGUGCGAUUAUGUGUCCGCGCACCUCCACGAGUGGAUCGAUUUGAUCUUUGGCUACAAGCAACAAGGUCCUCCCGCCGUGGAAGCUGUCAACGUUUUCCACCAUCUCUUCUACGAGGGCCAAGUGGACAUUUAUAACAUCAACGACCCCCUCAAGGAGACUGCCACCAUAGGAUUCAUCAACAACUUUGGGCAGAUCCCCAAACAGUUGUUUAAGAAGCCUCACCCGCCUAAACGGGUGCGCAGCAAAGCUAACGGUGAUGUGGCUAAUGUUCCGCCGAGCUCCACCGGUGACAAGAUCUUCUUUUAUCACUUGGACAACCUCAGACCCUCGCUAGCCCCUGUCAAAGAACUGAAGGAGCCAGUGGGUCAGAUCGUGUGCACUGACAAAGGCAUCCUGGCUGUAGAGCAGAACAAAGUGCUAACUCCACCUACGUGGAACAAGACGUUCGCAUGGGGCUACGCCGACCUUAGCUGCCGCCUGGCCAAUUAUGAGUCUGAUAAGGCAUUGGUCGUGUAUGAGUGUUUGUCUGAGUGGGGUCAGAUUUUGUGCGCCAUCUGCCCAAACCCUAAACUGAUUAUCACGGGCGGUACCAGUACGACCAUCUGCGUAUGGGAGACAGGAACGUCCAAAGAGCGGGCUAAAACACUCACUCUAAAGCAGGCGCUGCUGGGUCACACGGACGCUGUCACUUGUCUGACGGCGUCAUCCGCCUACCACAUUGUGGUGAGCGGCUCCAGGGACAGAACCUGCAUCGUGUGGGACCUCAACAAGCUUUCCUUCGUCACGCAGCUACGAGGGCACCGUGCUCCCGUUUCUGCGCUCUGCAUCAAUGAACUCACGGGCGAUAUCGUGUCGUGCGCGGGCACGCACAUCCACGUGUGGAGUAUCAACGGCAGCCCCAUUGCCAGCGCCAACACUUUCACCGGACGUAGCCAGAACAUCGCGUGCUGCUGCGUGUCCGAAAUGAAUGAGUGGGACACGCAUAACGUCAUCGUCACGGGACAUUCGGACGGUGUUGUCAGGUUUUGGAGAAUGGAGUUCCUACAAGUCCCUGAAACCCCUGCUCCUGAACCUGUGGAGCCCGACGUUCCCGACUGCUGCGGAGAUGAUAAACUCGAGGGUGGUGAUGAGGACAGCAGUGAAUCAGAUGGAGAAGAAGGAGGAGUAGCGGGAAAUGGUCUGAAUCAGGAGCCCAAAGCGCCGCGCAGUUCGUCUAGUCAGCCAGGCAGCGGUGUGCACAGACCCAGAGGUCCAUCGUCACGAGCCGGUGCCUCUUGGUCGAUGGACAGCGGCUCGGACGACUCCCACCGCUGGUCGGAUAGUCUGAGCAUCGACGAGAAGGACGGCUUUGUGUUUGUCAACUACUCGGAGGGUCAACAUAAGGUUGCGCACCCCCAUCACGCGCACCCACAUGGCCUCAGCAACACCACAACUCAGCUGCUGCACCCACCCGCCAUGGAGGCACGCGCCUUCAACCAGCUCAGGGCAGGCUACCGGUGGGAGCGACAGCUGGUAUUCCGCAGUAAACUCACCAUGCACACGGCGUUCGACCGCAAGGACAACGCGCACCCCGCUGAGAUCACUGCCCUCGCCAUCUCCAAAGACCACAGCAAGAUAUUGGUGGGCGACGGACGGGGACGUGUCUUCAGCUGGUCUGUGAGUGACCAACCCGGACGCUCGGCCGCCGACCACUGGGUGAAGGACGAGGUGGUGGACAGCUGUUCGGGUUGCGCCGUCCGAUUCUCCCUCACCGAGAGACGCCACCACUGCCGGAAUUGUGGACAACUGUUUUGUCAGAAGUGCAGUCGCUUCCAGUCGGAGAUCAAGCGUUUGAAGAUCUCAUCUCCGGUGCGUGUGUGUCACAACUGCUACUGCAACCUUCAGCACGAGCGCACGGCCAACGACGAACACAAAACUUGA